AUGUCUAAGAGUGUUGUUCUUGUUACUGGAGGAAGUGGUCUGGUCGGAAAGGCUAUCGAAACCGUACAAAAACGCAAUCCACGUGCGGAUGAACAAUGGGUAUUUCUUUCCAGUAAAGAAGCAGAUUUAAGAUCAAUGGAAGCGACCAAAGCCGCCUUUGAGAAAUAUAAGCCUACACACGUCAUUCAUUUGGCCGCCAAGGUUGGUGGUCUAUUUAAAAAUAUGAAACAUCCUGUUGAAAUGUGGCUUGACAAUGUGGCUAUAAAUAACAAUGUUUUUGAAUGCUGUCGCAUCUACGGUGUAAGUAAACUCGUUUCUUGUCUAUCCACUUGUAUAUUUCCAGACAAGACUACUUACCCUAUCAAUGAGACCAUGCUACAUGAUGGGCCUCCACACUCCUCAAAUGAGGCAUAUGCAUACGCAAAACGUAUGAUGGAUGUUAUGAACCGUGCUUACCGUAAUGAAUAUGGGUGUAAUUUUACUUGUGUUAUUCCUACAAAUAUAUAUGGUCCCUAUGAUAAUUAUAACUUGGAAGAUUCUCAUGUCGUGCCUGGUCUUAUUCAUAAAUUCUAUUUGGCAAAACAGAGUGGCAAAUCAAUGACAGUGAUGGGUACAGGCAAACCACUUCGUCAGUUUAUAUAUAGCGAAGAUCUGGCGGAGUUGAUGAUAUGGGUACUUCGUGAGUACACUGAAGUCGAACCCAUUAUUCUUUCUGUUGGUGAAAGCGAUGAAGUAUCUAUCGCGGAUGUGGUCAAGAUGAUUGCUGAAGCGAUGGACUUCAAAGGAGAGAUUGUAUUUGACACUUCCAAGGCAGACGGUCAAUUUAAAAAAACGGCCGACAACAGCAAACUUCGACGGUACCUACCUAACUUUAAGUUUACACCAAUGAAUGAAGGCAUAAAACGUUCUGUUGAUUGGUUCCUUGAGAACCAUGAAAAAGCACGAAAAUAG